AUGACCGACGGGAAAAGCCUGGUAGCCGAUAAUACCCCUGUAUAUGAAGAAAACUCUUUAGAAGAUGUUAAAGAAAUACUAAGUAAUAUUACCUUACCUCCUGCUCCUGGUGUAGUGUGCCCAAACUCCAAAAGUGAUGAGUCCAAUGACAGUGGUCAUCCAUGGGUCAUGGUGCAACGAAAGCAUCGCCAUGAGGGUAACAAACCUGCAAUAAGGGCUGCCAAGUCAGCCACCGAGGCUGAAGGAACUGACCUGGGUGACACUAGCACCGAAAGGGCCCCACCUAGGAGCAUCGAGAUCUCCAAGGAAGAGAUUGAGUGCCUUGUGCAGGAACGAGCCAUAGAGGCCGUAAGGGCCACAGAAGCACAAAUGGAGAGGAAAUAUGAAAAUAAGAUCCACAAGCUAAAUAGAAAGCUCAACAAAGAGCUGACUAAGGAAAAAGCACCUACUGGUGAUAGUACAGCUUCUGCAGCUUGCCCCAAGCAGGUUAAACUCAUUGUUGAACCAACGGAGAAGUCCUUGACUCAGAUGAGAGGAUGUAGUAAUACCCCUCACACCAUGCAGCUGGUACAUCAAGUAAUGGCUGAAAGCUACAUCAGGCAGGCAUUAGGUCGAGUGUCCUCGAGAAAACCCGACAAAAGAACUCACCAGGCAUUAGGGUCCACCUGA